UGGAGUACACUGGUGCCAUCUGGGCUCACUUCAGCAUCUGCCUCUCAGGUUCAAGUGAUUCUCCUGCCUCAGCCUCCCAGGUAGCUGGGAUUACAGGCGUGCACCACCAUUCACGGCUAAUUUUCGAAUUUUUAGGAGAGAGGGUUUCACCGUGUUGGCCAGGCUGGUCUUAAACUCCUGACCUCAGGGGAUCUGCCUCUCUCGGCCUCCCAAAGUGCUGGGAUUACAGGCAUGAGCCGCAGUGCCCAGCCAACCUUUAUGAGUCUUGCUUGUCGGGUCGUGUUGAAUCGGUGCUCCUCACCCAAAGGUUAAACUCAUUCUCUCCAGCGCGGCCUGCAGUGAUACUCUGGUUUCCAUGUUUUCAUCUUGCUUCUGAUGCGUGCGGCUUUGAUUGCUAGGGGGCGUAGCUGAGCUGAUGCCCCAGGCCCCUGGAAGCCUCCCAUGCAAUGUCCUGAGGACAUUGGUGUUCAAGCGCCCCAAGGGUAGGUGUAGAGGCCUCGGCAGGGUCAGGCAGCCGGAAUGUUCCAGCGCCCUCGUUCCUUGCAGGGAUGAUUCUCUGAACGACUGUCGGAUCAUCUUUGUGGAUGAAGUCUUCAAGAUCGAGCGUCCUGGUGAAGGGAGUCCCAUGGUCGACAACCCCAUGAGACGGAAGAGCGGGCCGUCCUGUAAGUACUGCAAGGACGACGUGAACCGGCUCUGCCGGGUCUGCGCCUGCCACCUGUGCGGCGGCCGGCAGGACCCCGACAAGCAGCUCAUGUGUGACGAGUGUGACAUGGCCUUCCACAUCUACUGCCUGCAGCCGCCCCUGAGCAGCGUUCCCAGCGAGGACGAGUGGUGAGUGCGGCCCUGCCCGGCAUGAGGAGACCACAUCACCUUCCACAGACCCCCAGACGGGCAGUGAGAAGA